CUGUCCGCUCCCCUCCCCGACUUCCCCACCCUGCCCCCGGUGCCAUGGCGUCCAGCGAGGAGGACGGCACGGUCGAGGAGAAGGAAAACAACAACAAGAAGCGGACGAAAAGCGCCGUCGCCACCGCAUGGCUCACCUUCUACAACAUCGCCAUGACCGCCGGGUGGCUGGUUUUGGCGAUUUCAAUGAUGCGCUUCUAUGUCCAGAGAGGCACACACAAGGGUCUGUACAGGAGUAUAGCGAGGACACUCAAGUUCUUCCAGACCUUUGCAUUAGUUGAGGUGGGACAUUGUGCCAUUGGAAUCGUGAGGACGUCUGUGAUUGUAACCGGGGUUCAAGUGUGUUCACGGAUUUUCAUGGUUUGGUUCAUCACCAACAGCAUCAGACAGAUCCAGAAUGAAGAGAGCGUAAUCCUAUUCCUGGUUGUGUGGACGGUGACGGAGAUCACCAGAUAUUCCUACUACACAUUCAACCUGCUCCACCACCUGCCGUACUUCAUCAAAUGGGCCAGAUACAACCUCUUCAUCGUCCUGUACCCUCUGGGAGUCGUCGGAGAGCUGUUCACCAUUUACGCCGCUCUGCCGUUUGUGCGCAGGUCCGGGAUGUACUCCAUGAGGCUUCCCAACAAGUACAACGUGUCGUUCGACUACUACUACUGCCUCAUCGCCGUCAUGCUGUCCUACAUCCCACUGUUUCCUCAGCUGUUCUUCCACAUGCUGCGGCAGAGGAGAAGGGUGCUUCAUGGGGAGGUCAUCGUGGAGAAGGACGUCUAGACGUGCACCACCUCGGGCCUUUGUUUGAGCCAGCCUGCCUCCACAGCCCUCACCCUCACCCCUCCUCCCCCACCGCUCACAUCAUCGCCGUUAACACUCUACAUUGCACAGGACGGGACGGGCCGCGGAGAGGAUGGCGACCACCAGCAAUAACUCCUCCUAAGUUGUUUCUUUACAGGUUUGAUCCCUAACCUGAGUGAUUAUAUAGGAAACAUGUUUACAAUCCAAACCAGUGUUGCUGGAGCUCGAGACGGAAGCCUGGCGUUGUGUCUCAGCACAAAUUUACCCAUCAGCCUCGCUGCGUCUUGUUGCACCAAACAUGAAACACACGAGUCACCGCACUUGCGGGGGAAAUUUGAAAUGAAACAUGGGAAGACGUUUGUAAGUUGUAAGAGUCCCAGUGUCACCUCCUAUCUUACAAAAUUGCCCCUUUUUUUUUUUGUUUUCAGGUGUAUUCCACCACCACAGGUUUUAUACAAACAUAGAGUGGCUGUAAAGCAGGUUUAACAAAGAGAAAAAUAUUCAUCAUAUCAAUAAAUCUACAUUUAGACAAUACAGUGCUUCUUUUGUGUACGUUUGUUUUACCUUUAUGUUCAAAUGAUGCAAUGUGAAAAAAGCAGGUUUAUUUCUUAACACAAUGAUUUAUUCCCAUACCGUAUCACUUAGAGCAAACCCAGCUCAAACUUAAAACGUUUUGUCUCACUAGGCCCGAGUCCUGCGUUACUUCAUGUUGCCUUGAUGUUCAUUGUGUCAGACUCAUUUACUGGAUUGUAAUUUGAGUCAUUGGAAAAGUCGCAGUGCUACAAUUCAAAUUUACCACAUGCACCCUUCAGUCUCCAGUCGCUGUUUCUGUUUUAGUUUUUAAUCGAGAACCUGAUGUCCAUGUUCAUACAUAGGUAGUUAGAUUCCCUUCCUACAAAAGGUGCUAUUGUAAGAUCGUUUCAAUCUUCUGUGCAGCUGAAGGACGGAUUGUAAAUUGGAGUUUUGACCUGCAGCAGGAUGUGAAAACGAUUGAGAGGACAUGUAAGUUAGUUGACUGCAUAGGCAACUGCAUAUCUAAGAAAAUCAACCGCUUUGCUUAUACUCUGGGAUAGAGAGGAGAAUAACACUAAAAGUCAAUGUCAAAGAAAGAGAUUAGAAAUGUGAAAAUACCUUUUUUUUUGUGCAAAAUCAAUAAACUAAAUCCUACAAUACUG